CAGAAGGUGAUUCCGGGACAGAGAACAUUGUACUGGAGCAUAAUACACAUGUGGACAAACCUGAAGAUGCUAAUUUGAUAGAGAUGAACAAGCCUGUUUCUCUUUCAUUGCCACUGAGGUACAUGAAUCUCUUCACAAAGGCAACUCCAUUGUCAGAAACUGUGACAAUCAGAUUGUCCUCGGAGCUAGGAGUGAUGGUGGAGUACAAGGUGGCUGAGAUGUGUCACAUUCGGUAUUAUUUGGCACAUAAGACUGAAGAUAAAGAAGACGCAAAGCCCUAAAAAC